GCCGUUCUUUUGUGCUGUCGCAAGCGGCGUUCUUUUGAAUCACAACAUGAGCGGACUGCCGCCACCUUCCCACCACCACCACCACCACCAUCCUCAUCCGUAUGGUGGCGGUGUUCAUGAUGAGGAUGAGGACGAGGAUGAGGAUCUGUUGGAAGGGGCACCAGGUGCAGACGAUCAACGCCACAACGUUCUUCAAGAAAGCCAAGAUCGGCUGUUGCCACAGGGCAACGUGUAUCGCAUCAUGAGGACCACUGUCAACACAAAGAUUUCCGACUCGUCAAAGAUUCUCAUGCAGGAGUGCGCGUCAGAGUUUGUGAGCUUUGUCACGAGCGAGGCUGCAGACCGAGCAGAGAAGGAAGGCCGCAAGGUGCUCAGGUGCGAGGAUCUUCUCGAGGCCAUGAAUGCGCUUGGCUUUGAACACAUUGCAGAACCUUUGGCCGAGUAUACCAAAGCUUGUCGACAGUGCGAUGACGAGUGCUCUUCCCACUCGUGGCGAAAUGUAAAACCGCAGAAGCAAUUAACGCAAGAGGGCCACCGUGAUGAUGGUUCAAGAUGGUGGCAGCUUUCGCUGCUCUUCGUCGACGGCAUGAGCCUGCCACACACGGCUGACCCUGGCAUGGCCCACCAAGAGCAUCAACAACAUCAACCUUUCGUCUGCAUUGAUGAUGUCGGCAGUGGCAACAUCGUGCGCCAACCUGAAGGCAGCACUCCAGCAACACAUUCCCCGAUGCGGCGCUGCACAACCCUUGGGAGCUUCUUCCAUCACGACUCCUUUGCCGAACGGCACCGCAGCCCCGACACAUCAUCCGACUAUCUGUCCCCGGCACGCGCGGACUCACAGGAGCGGCAGCAACAGGGGCAGCCACAGGAGCAAGAUGCGGCAGCCGCAGACUCAAGCCGCCGUGCAGCCGACGUGAUUGUCGACAUGCUCGGCACGGACCAGGUGCGCUGUGAGCCAUCACCCCCUCGCCGCUUGCCCAGGGGCUCGCCUUCUUCCCUGCGGGGGCACAAGCGAACCCGGCCACACCCGCUCCAUCGGUCUGUGUCGCAACCGACCCUCUCGCACUCUUCCUCCGUUACGCUUGAGGGCUCCGUGGACAGCACCAGCGACAGAGAAUGCCGCGACGAUGGCUGCGAGGGCAGCAGCGAUGUACACGACGGUGUGGAUGCAGCUCAAAGUGCAUAUGCACACGAGCUACUGCCUGACCAUGAUGGGCAUGGCGGUGCAGAUGAAGAUGAUGUCGUGAGCGAUGAGCACACACCGCUACUGGGCAGCGCACAUUCGCGCCUGUCCGCAUCACACGAUCUGACAGCGGGCACGACGAGCAUCAACGCCGCCGAAGGUGGCAAACCAUACCACACAGCAGCUGGGAAUCACGUGGCUGCUGCAGACUUGUAUGGCCAUGCUCAAGACGCAGCCUCCGUCACAAACGGUGUCGCUGCUGCUGCUGGUGGCGGUGGCGGCAGCGGCUUUUCGCGAUCAACGUCGUCGACAAUGUCGCAGAAGCCCCGAGAUGAUGGUAGUCGCGGAGGCAGGCGACGGGCAAUCAUCAAAGCCGUGGUGUAUGGCAUGGUCAAUGCGGUGGUGUUGGUACCACUUCUCAUCUCCUUUGCGCAGAUCAUCUUUCGAGAUGAGUACUUCAAGCCCUCCAUGCCAACGCUCAUCAAGCUUGUGCUGCUCUCCGGCUGCAUCCAUCAAACCAUCUUCUGCAUCGCCAGUUCCCUUCCCUUUGCCAUCGGCCAGGUGCAAGAUGCUGGCCUCAUCUUCCUGUCCAGCAUGGCCACGACCAUUGUGAAGCACGGGCUCCAUCACAACCACGACCGUGAAGUCAUCCUUGCCACCGUCCUCUGCUGGCUGGCCGUCAGCACAGCCGCCCUCGGUCUCGCCCUCAUCGUCACUGGAAGGCUCAAGCUUGCUUCGCUCGUGCAGUACCUGCCCAUGCCCGUCAUUGGUGGCUACCUUGCUUUUAUCGGGUUCUAUUGCCUCGAGGCAGGCCUGUCGCUGAUGACGGGGAAGCGGGUGAUCUUCAUGGGGGACUGGUGGCGGCUGUUCAACCGCGACUCGGCCAUCCUCGUGACCCUGGGCAUCAUCCUCGGGCUCCUGCUCAUCGCAAUCACCUCCAAGUUCCGCCACUUUGCCGUCCUUCCGUGCUGUCUCCUUGUCAUCCCCAUUGUGUUCCACAUCAUUCUGCUCAUCGCAAAGGUGCCGCUGAGCGAAGCCCGCCAUGCGUAUGGGCAGGGGUGGCUCGAUCCCGUCACAAACACGUCCGAGUUCUGGCACAUUUACGACGACUUCAAGUUCAGCAAGGUCGACUGGUCCGUUGUUCCGCACGUUCUUCCCACGUGGUUUGCCAUGUAUUUUGUUGUCGCUUUCGGCUCCUGUCUCGACGUGGCAGCCAUCCAGAUGGAGCUUGGGCGGUCCCUGGACUUCAACCACGAGCUCAUGACGGUCGGGCUGUCCAAUUUUGUCUCCGGCGUCACGGGCGGGUACACAGGCAGCUACAUCUUCUCCCAGUGCAUCUUCAACCUCAAGGCAAACAUCCACACGCGUCUGGUUGGUGCCACGGAGGCGGUUAUCGGGCUUGUGGUGGUUGCCCUUCCCGUAUCGGUACUGGCCUAUGUUCCAAAGUUCUUCUUCGCCGCCAUCCUGACCUUCAUUGGCAUCGACCUCCUUUACUGCUGGCUUCUGGGCUCCUUCAAACUCGUGCACAUGUCCGAGUACGUGAUCAUCUGGUUGACGUUUAUCGGCAUCAACUUGACCAAUCUUGAGGCCGGCAUUGGCAUUGGCAUUGCGCUCUCAAUCCUGGUGUUUAUAUUCAAGUUUGCGCGAUCAAAUGUGACGCUUCCAGUUCACAAGCAGAGCCACACCAUUCGUGGAUUUAAGCAACGCAACAUCCUCGGCAGCUCAAACGAGCGCUUUGUUGUGCUGGAGUUGAGCGGCCACAUCUUCUUCGGCUCCUCCGUCGGCAUCUUGCGCGACCACAACGCCAUCGUGGCCAUGUGUGCACUGCGACCCGCCGACGCCCGCCUCAUGUAUGCGCACGGCGUUCUCCCACGACCAAAAGACACCACACAUUCAACACUCGCCAAACACAUGCAUGCGUUUGAAACGCUGGAAGACGCGCUCGUGUGGUGCGAGGACAGUUUCCUCCACAAGACGGACGCACGCGCCGCUCCAUUUUGCAGCCGUCUCUCCCUUCAAGACGUGCUGUUGGGUUUUGCAAUGGACCACGAUGGCGAGCCAUCCAGCAAUCUGAGAGAUUGUGUUGAGCGCACAUGUCGACUAUUCCGCACGCAGUCAUUCGAAGCUGGCGAUGUUAUUUUCGCGGAGGGCGAGGACGGAGAUGGGAUGUACUUCGUGCUGUCCGGUGAAGUCACGCUCUUGAAAGUGCAGGAGGAAUUACGGCACCCGCACUCGUUCCAAAAUCUUGGCGCUUUGCUCAAGCGCAUCAAAGCGCGCUCGAGCCGCGUUGGCAUUCGCCGCAUCGCUGCCCGCCUCUCCGACGUCUCGCACGGACGCCUUCACAGCCACACGCAACACGAUCAACAGCAGCAGCAGCAGCAGCAGCAGCAGCAGCAGCAGCAGCAGCAGUACGAACCAUCAGCAUGGGUGCAGAACAUGAGAAGUCGCGGCGGUGGUGUUGGUCCUGGCAAUGGGCUGCGCCGCAAGGAACAACAGGGAGAGGACGAGAGCCAGCCCCUCAUCCAAAGCGAUGGCAGUGAUGUGGAAGCGAGUGGCAGCUCUGUAAUUGGACGCCAGCAUGCGCACGACCACCCAGACAGCAUCAGUGGCAGUCACAUCAGUGAUAGCAGCAGCGGCAGCAGUGCCAAUACUGAGGAUGCGAGUCGCGUUGUGACUCGCCGCUUCGUCUGUCACCCUGGCAGCUUGUUCGGGGAGGUGUCGUUUGUGCUUCGUCAACCGCGGGAUUUUCGUGCCGUCGCGAAGACGCGCUGCAGAGUUUCGUGCCUCAGCAGGGCCGCGUUUGAUGCACUGCAGAACAGGAGCGGCGACGAUCGAUUCCAGCUGCUGUCCGCCAUUGUGACGCGCAGCCUCGCCCUCAUGCUACAAAACAACGACGAAACAUUCUUCGUUUGA